AUGAAUCCCAAUCUCGCACUUGUAUACGGCCCAAAAGAGCCCGAACUAUGUCUCAAGACUAUGGGCGCUCUUAUCGACGACCAGGCAGUUCAAUUUGGGGAUCGUGCUUCCGUUAUUUUCCCCUGGCAGUCUGUUCGGCUGUCCUACCGCCAAUUGGCAGACCGGAGCAGAAUUCUAGCCAAGGCAAUGCUGGAGAUGGGACUGCACCAUGGUGACUGUGUCGGUAUCCUGGCAGGAAACUGCUAUCAAUACAUCGAGGUCUUUCUUGGCGGUGCUCGAAUCGGAUGUCCUGUCGUUGUCUUGAACAACACAUACACACCUGCAGAGCUUGAAAAUGCUGUUCGGAGAAGUUCCUGCAAGCUUAUAUUCCAUGCUACAAAGAUAGGCUCUCGAGACCUGACUGGUCAUAUCGAAACCCUUCGAGGAACACAAUACCCAAACCCAGCGCUACCUGAGCUGCGUCGGGUUUUUUCGCUAGGACUUGGGGGAUUUCACAAUCCGGGCGUAGAAGUCCAGCCUUAUAACACGUUUACUUCGAAUGGACUUUCUGUGUUCAUGAACAAUGCAACACUCGAGCGUGCAGAACGAAAGGUCACUCGCGAGGAUGUAGUUAACUUACAAUUUACUUCUGGAACGACGGGCUCUCCCAAAGCUGCAAUGCUCACACAUACUGCAAUCGUCUUUCCAUCUGAUUAUUUUGACGUUGCAAAGGUUGUUAACGCCAUUAUCGAUGAAGAUGUCACAGUUCUUCUCGGUGUCCCAACCAUGUAUGUUGCCGAGUUAGAGGUCAUGGCAAGAACAGGCCAGAGACCCCGGCGACUAAGAACCGGUCUAGCUUCAGGCUCAACAGUAUCGCAAAAUCUCAUGAAUCAGCUGCGAGAGACUAUGGGCGUCGAGAAAAUGCUUAUUGCAUACGGAAUGACGGAAACCAGUCCAGUCAGUUUUAUUACUUCGCUGAAUGACAGCGACGAAAAAGGUACAACAACAGUUGGCCGGGUCAUUCCACACACGGCUGCAAAAGUCAUUGAUGAAAAGGGCAAUAUCUUGUCGCGAGGACAGCGGGGAGAGUUGUGCACCAGCGGAUUCGUGUUGCAAAAGGGCUACUGGAGGAACGAAGAGAAGACCAAAGAGGUGAUGCGAAGAGACGAGAAUGGCGUUUUGUGGAUGCACACAGGAGAUGAAGCCAUGAUUGAUGCCGACGGGUAUGCUCAUAUCACUGGUCGGAUCAAGGAUCUCAUCAUUCGAGGUAUGUUCAAAUUAUCCAAUACAAAUUUCAAUGACCAUGCUGAAUGA